UACGCGAAGAAGACACUGAUAUUUCCUCUGUGGACUCGAGGGCAUUAUCUGCUUUGUGUCAUGGAGCCACUGAAAACAUUAAUCUUGUUCAUGGACUCGAUGUAUGCCAAGAAAGAACAAGGCUUUGGGCACAAGCCUUAUCAACACAUUUUGAGGGCUCUUGCACAGAGGAUAGCACCAGGACCUUGGCAGGAACAGACAGGGCUGGACAUUGAGGGCCUCCCACAGCAACAUUUUGGUGUUGACUGUGGAAUUUUCAUGAUCAUGUAUGCUUGGUACAUCGCACUGGAGACACCAUUUGAUUUCUCCAUACAUGACAUGCCCUACCUGAGGAGGUGGUGGUGCACAGUGUUAAUGGAGAAUCUGGAGAUCGAGGGGCAUGGAAGAAGAUUCGCACAUUUCACAGAGGAGGGCAGAAAGACGGCAGACGGUAGUGUGGCACCUGUUUUCCGUGUGCCACGAAAAAGGAAGCUGGACACUAUGGAUGGUAAUGGGCAGAUAAUAGUUGGGCCACCAGCAGCAACAUCAGCAGCUCCUACAGCCCCAACAGCAGCUCCAACAGUCCAGUGUGACAGCUGUGUCUCCAUUGAACAGAGAGAAGAGAGUUUCAGUGAAUUAGAGGACUUCAAUGAAGAAUGUGAGGACACAAGUUGUGAGGAAAGAGAAGAGCGUUUGUGUGAGAUACAGGAGCUCAGCAAAGACUACCAGAACACUAAAUGGACCUACAGUACACAAGUGUCCAUUGCUGCACACAGGAGAGGCAUCAAGCAAGUGAGAGCAUGCUCUUCGAAGAGGCAAAAAAGGCAGCAGACUGGUUGAAUGAAAACAGUGGGCUGAUAAAAAAUAAAUAUUGGCUGCCACGGGUGUUGGACAUGGAGGCGGAAGAGCAGGAGGAGGUGCUGGCCAGACAGUUUGUCCAGUUGGACGUUGAAAACAUGAA